AUGCCGCGUGAGCACCCGCCGCCAUCCUCCCGCUGGUCACUUGAUCAAAUACACUUUCUGUCACCGUCUUCACUACUGACACUACCUCGCAUCCCCUCUUGGCUGUAUAUCAUCCUCGCGCUCCCAGUCGUCAUGGCCGCCGGUAUCUUCUCCAUCCCAGCCUUGGCCGAAAGGGUUGGGCUGCGCUACCGUUCACGACAGCAGAAGCGUGCCGACUUGCUCAAGAAAAGGAUGGGCUCAACACAGUUCCUGGGCUCCCAGGUUGGAGGCAGCUCCGUCAUCAGCUACUCAUACACGGAUUUCCCCUGGAAGCUGUUCGCCUGGGAUAUCUACUACUUUUUCAACUAUAUCUGGGCCUUGCCAUGGAUCGUCUGGCCCAUCAGCCCGGCCGAUUCCGGCCACCUCGAUGAGCUGGCUUUUACGAGACAGAACCUCUUCUGCAUCUUCAUCCACAUAGUACUGUGCGUUAUGCAGAUCGCCUUCAUACUGGCCCUGCCCUUCGCCAUUUUUUUGCCAAUCUGGGUGGCUGGUCUCGCUUUGACCGCCUUCUUGGCGGUCAACUAUCUGCUUUGCCUUUUGCUCAACGGCCCGACGCUCACAUACACCUCGGACCCGAAAUACGCACCAGAGCUGCCGGAGCACGAUCACGAGAAAUGGAUCUUUCUGAACGGCGUUGCUGUAGGGGACCACUGGAUGAAGAACAACCUGAAUAGGCUGGCUCUCACGUUCAAAAGGCCAAUCUUGGGCAUCCACAACCGGACGUCGGGAAUUCUCUUCGAUGUCGUCGAGUGUCUCAUCCAACGAAACUUGGGAUACGCCACGUACGAUGUGCGGAUGUGUUACCGCAUCGUCAAAGAAACUCUCUAUAACCCGAAGUAUUCAAAAGUAAUUUUCGUGCUUCAUUCGCAGGGCGGCAUCGAAGGCGGUCUUGUCCUCGACUGGCUCUUGCAAGAACUGCCACAAGAUCUCCUUGGCAAACUCGAAGUAUACACAUUUGGCAACGCCGCCAACCACUUCAAUAACCCCCACCGUCACGUUAUGUCUCAGACCGUGGCGCAAAAGAACCCCACAGCCAUGACUACGACUACGACCACGACCACGAUGUCCCAUGGAGAUUCCAUCAGCAGUAACAAAGCCGGUCUCGACGACGCCUCAACUCUGAGCAACGGAAGUGAGACCCUGAAGAGCCACCCUGGCAUCCCAAACCUGCCCAACGAAGGAUCGUCAACCUCGUCACGGUCGUCGACUGCAGCGCUGGACCGAGCCAUGGGCCAUGUGGAGCACUAUGCCCACUCAACAGACUUUGUGGCGAUUUGGGGCGUUCUGCAUUUUUGCACGUCGUUGGCUGCCAGCCACACCAUGCCGCGCUUCAUCGGGCGGCUUUUCGUACGAGCUUCGGAGCGGGGCGGUCACCAGUUCUGCCAGCACUACCUGGACGGCAUGUUCCCUCUCGCCAAGGACCCAGAGACGGGAGAAUUCACUGGCGCCUCGGAAGAAAACGAGUUUAUGGAGAGCGAGAUUCAGAUCGGCAGGCAAGGCGAUGCCGGGGCCAACGCCCGCGAGGCAUUCGAGGUCUCAUACCUCGGCCGUGAUUUCGCAAGCAAUGUAGAAUUUCACGGGGAGCAAGUCAAAGGAAGGUUCAGAAAGCGGACCGUCCAGGUCAAGGAACUCUCCAGAUUGUGGCUUUACCGCAACGGCGGCAGCCCUACCGAAACUCCGCCACUGCUGUUCAAGGAGAAUGGCAUUGUUAGGAACGCGACUUUGUAA